AUGACUCGUCUUCACCAACACCGUCUGCCGACCGGAUUCUCGCCAGAAUGGGUCUCCUUGCCAGCCCAUCAGACGGUCAUAGCACAGGGCGAUCAAGGGAUACCCGUCAUCUGUGAUGAUGCCCCAAUCCCUACUCCAGAAGCACACAUGGUGCUGGUGAGAACGGGCGCGGUGUCCAUCAACCCGUGCGACUGGAAGAUGUCAUCUCGAUUUCCCAGUCCUGGCGCUCGCAUUGGCUGUGAUUUUUCUGGAGUCGUGCUAUCCAUCGGCCCCGACGCAGCCAAGCUAAGGCCCGAUCUUCAGGUGGGUGAUCGUGUUUGUGGAGGUGUGCAUGGUUCCAACCCGAUCGAUCUGCCAUCCGGUACCUUUGCCGAGUACAUCGUCGCCCAUGCCGAUCUACUCUUAAAGCUUCCUGAACGGAUCUCCUUCGCGCAGGGAGCGGUACUCGGUGGGAGUGUCUUUGCGACGCUCUGGAUAGCAUUUUAUGACUCCCUGGGGCUCACGGGCACUCCGGACGCGCCGAUUGAAGGCGACGUACCGCCCCUGCUAGUGUAUGGAGGUAGCACCUCCACCGGUACAGCCGCCUUGCAGCUUCUUCGCGCAUCCGGAUACAAACCCAUCACGACAUGUUCCCCGCACAGCUAUGCCUUGGUCAAGGAGUACGGCGCAGAAGAAUCGUUUGAUUAUCAUUCCGAGACCUGUGCUGUGGAUAUCAAAGCCUACACAAAAGGCCGACUGCGUCAUGUUCUCGACAUCAUCACGGAUGUGCCCUCGCAGCUGAUCUGCUACGAGACCUUUGGCCGCGUCGGAGGAAAAUACACCUGCUUGGAGAAGCCCUCCGAAGAGCUCCAUCUGCGGCCGACGGUGAAAAAAGAAAUGAUUGUAGGAUUGGCUGCUAGUGGCAAAGAAAUCGCACUAGCGGAUGGCUACGAACGACCGGCGAAUCCUCGCCUCCGAGCCGAAAGUGCUCAUUUCUUCCAAUCCGUCCAACGUCUGUUGGAUCAAGGACGCUUCAAGCCCCAUCCUGUCCGGCUUCUGCCAGGUCGAUUUGCGGGUAUUCUCGAGGGGCUAGAAAUUCUCCGGUCCAAAAAGACAUCCGGGGAAAAGUUGGUCGUGCUCAUCAACGAUUCUUAUACUUAG